UACGAAAAUAGCAGCUAACUUCGUCAUAAAACAACCGCCAUUAUAAUUUGAAAAACGAAAAAGUCGCGCUAUAUUUUCAUUAUUUCAAUUUCAUCGACAACAAUUAUAAAGCAGCAACGCCAAUUUAUUCAAUAAAUAUACAAAUUCAAUAUGGGCGCUAAACAAACUAAAAUUGAGGGCACUUAUUUGCCAGAGACACCUAUAGUUCCGUCUGGUUCAACGUGUGUACCCAUUGCCAUGCAAAAUGACUUUGAAUAUGAGGAAAUUACUGAUGUACGGGAUCCACGUUCGCCUAAUAUCUGCAGGACACCUAUUAAUAUUUUCUCAACAAAAAGUCAGAGCACCGGCGGUUUACAAAAUAUGGAAGUAAAUCGUGAUGCCGAGAGUGCUGUAGGUCAGCUACGUAAGCGAUUUUUCAAAGGAUUUUCCUACAACUUAAAUGAUCCACGUUCACCUGGUUAUCAAUUCAAUCGUACGCCGCUAUCUUUUGACGACUCGCAAGAUAAAAUACUAAAUCUAGAUGAUACAUUUGCUGAUUUAUUUGCCGGCACUCAACCACAGCCUAUCACAACAACAACAACAGAGAAUCCGCUGUUGAAAGCUGAUGAAGAAUUACUUGCAGUUAACAAUGUAGAUGAUCUAAAUUCAGUUGUAUCCGAAAAAGAAUUCCGUAAUGCGAUUGAUAAAAUGAGUAAUAGCAUAGAUUUUGUGUCUAAAAAUACGACUUAUGAAGUAGAAACAAAUGUUGAAGCUAUUGAGGAAGUUACGGUGUGUUCAGAAUCCUAUAAAGAAAAUUCUUUAGUUGAAAAGAACAACGUUCCAUUACCUAAGCCAGCUAGCUUGCUACAGCGUACACCAAAAAUCCUACAAGACGAGAUUGAUCCACGCUCCCCGACAAUUGGUGUUGACCGAACACCUAUAAUAUUCAACGAUGAUGACGAUGAAACUAGCGAAAGCGUUCUGUUGGAAAGCAUAUUAGCAACACUUUCGCUUGAUAUGAGUGAUUUAUCAACUAGUAUUUGCUCAACUAGUUCGAAUAAUCAAAAGACUGCGGGUGAAUCAAACAAAACCGAUCGACAAGGUCAACUUUUUAGAAAAAUUACACAUAAACGUAUGCGCCGCACACGCGCCAAUGAAAAAAUCCCAUUACCCACACGUCGUAUUACGAAAGAAUUGCAAAUGUCGCCACAUCGUGUAGUAUGUGAGAAUUCUGAAAAUGCUUCAACAAAUAUGAAAUCUCUUAAAUUGAAACAAAAGGAUACACGUGAAAAUGUCAUCAAGAGAACACCGCUCAGCUGCAUCAAAAAUAGCAAUGAAUUUCAUUCAAGAAUAACGGAAAAAAGUAAAAUAGUUAAAUCGCGUUUGGAAUAUACCAAUGAUGAAAGUAUAUCUAGUACAAUUCAUAUCGACACAUUGACAAGUAGCAAUUAAUUAUGCGCUCAAAGAUUUUAAGUAUGUUUGUAAGCUAUAAUUACAAUUUUUACAUAUCUACAUAUAUAUGUUUAUUUAUAUUGCACUUACCUAGCUUAACGUCAAAUAUAUAUACGCAUUAAGGCUGAGAAUUCGCUUGAAAUGGCAUAUUUUAUAAGUUUUUCCACGAUUCAAUUAUAAAUGGUUCUUGUAGGAACUGAAUCUUGUCUUUUAUCUACACUUUUACCCAAUAAAAAAUAGCAAACAAGUAAUAA